UCACUGACAUCACUGGAGUUUCCCCCUAGAGGCUCUUUAAAUGCAGAAGCAACCUAACUCAGAGUAUCAUUCACUCAAUCCAACCAACAGAAGCAAACAACUACCUUCACAACACAGUAAGUCUCUAACACAACUUGAAGACCAAUACCAAACUGAAGACUUGAAGCUGACAUUUGAGCUUGAGGACUCUCUUAAGUUAUCGUUUGCUGCACUUACAAGAACCAGAAGACUCCUAGGGAAACUAUACAAUGGGAAGUGAUUAUAAAGUAAUGUUGGAUGUUGAGGAAGGCCUCAUGGCUCCGGCUGGGGUGACAGUGGUACGGGAGACAUCCACACACAGUGGCCGGUGGAAGAUGUGGGGAGCAUUGCUGGCUAUGGCUCUCUGUGUCUCCGCUGCGCUCUUCUUCACCUGGCACCACAAGAAAGAAGUUCAUAUAGACGAUCUUCGCCUCACAUUAAGACAAAUAUCCGGAGUCAAAAAUGCCAUUCAUUUGGAAGGUUACUACGAUUCUUCAUACUCCAACACCACAGUGCAAUGGAGUGAUGACGUAAACCAAGGCUUCUCUCAGGGUAAUCUCAAGCUCGUCAACAACGAGAUUGUUAUCCCAAGCACGGGGCUGUACUUUGUCUACAGUCAAGUGUCCUUCAAGGUCCACUGCCAAGCCGGGAAUAUGGUCCACCUGAGCCACAGCAUCAAUAAGCUCUCUGACUCUUACGGAAACAGGGACGACGACGAUGAGAAACGUAACCUGCUUCUGCUCCACUCCACGCGCACCGUCUGUGGAGGCAGCCAGGGGAACUCUGUUACUGCGGUGUAUAUGGGAGCUGUGUUCCAUAUGAAUGAUGGAGACAGGUUGAAGACUGAUACCGAGAGCCGGCACUUGCCACACCUGCAGGAGAAAUCUGGGAAGAACUUCUUCGGUGUGUUUGCGCUGUGAGAGAAACAAAGUAACAGAAAACAGAGAGAGAGAGAGAGAAAGAGAGAGAGAGAGUGAGGGAGAGAGAGAGAUAGAGAUAGAUAGAGAUAGAGAGAGAGAGAGAGAGAGAGAGAGAGAGAGAGAGAGAGAGAGAGAGAGAGAGAGAGAGAGAGAGAGAGAGAGAGAGAGAGAGAGAGAGAGAGAGAGAGAGAGGAACAAAAACAAGAAGGAACAAGGCAGAUAGAUACAGGUCAUAGAAAUUUAGAAAAGUUAAAGAUGUCUACUGAAUGUUAUUAGGCGCACUGAAUCAAGAAGUUGAGGCAGUUUUAUGCCGUACUUGAAACAGAACAAGAAGAAUAACCAAUGUAAACUGUAACAGUUUUCCAUUGGAAACUCCUGGAUAGGAAUAUGUUUCCAAAUGGAUCUUUGGAGCUACAUUUAAAUGAAGUAAAUGUACUAUGUACUGCUGUAUUACUCCUAGUACCUUUUGCUGUACUACAAUCCACAGCAUGGACACAAACUGCUAAAUCAAUCUCUGCUGUGAUAGCUGUCUUAUCUUGAUUCUGACAGGUGAAUGUAUUCCACAAUUUUGAAUGUGUCACUACCAUAUGACAACAUUGGGUUCCUUAUGAAACUACAGUUUAUUAUUGUAAAUUGAUCAUUACUGAUCUAAUAUUGUCAGAAAUAUUUAAUUUAAUGUAAUGGGAUGGUAAUAGUCUCGUUUUAUUUAUUGAAAUCUUAUAUUUAUGUUCUAUUUAAUUUUUUAAACUUUUGUAUCUGUGUUAUUGAUUGGAAAUGUUUAUUUAUGGU